AUGGCCGACAAGCGCAAGAAGAUAGCCAUCAUCGGAGCCGGGGCUGCAGGCAUGUCCUGCGCCUCGACUCUGUCCAACCACCCCGGCAAAUUCGACAUCACGGUGUUCGACAUCGCGCCUCAAACAGGCGGCCAGGCAACCUCCAUCCCUCUUGACUCGUCCAUAUACGGUGCAUCCUGGCUGAAUGAUGGCGUGCAAGGCGGCUCUGCGAUAUUCAGACACACGUUCCAAUUCUUCCGUCGAUUCGGGUACGAACCACAACCGGUGAAACUGCAAGUCGCGUUCGGGAAGGGCAAAGACGAUUUCUGGACGAAUGUGUUCCCCAGUCCGCUGGUGGACAGAUUCAGCGCGGAGAUCAAGAAACUAGGACGCGUGUUGAAGUGGAUCAAGUGGUUGAUGCCCCUGUUGGGCGUGUUGCCAGUCAAGUCCAUACUGUGGCUAUUCAGGUUCAGCGAGGAGUUUCGGAAUAAGAUGGUGCUGCCACUACUGGCGUUGUUUCUGGGAACGGGGAAUCAGACACCAAAUGUGUCGAGUGUCUUGCUGGAGAGGCUGUUUGAUGAUCCGCAGAUGAGGCUGUGGGAGUAUGAUCCAGACACGUUGCUCCCCAAUCUACCGACCAUGUACACGUUUCCGAAUCUGCGCAAUUUCUACCACGACUGGAUGAGUGAGUUACAGCGCAGGGGAGUGAAAUUGCAGCUCAACACGCGCGUUGAGAUCCUGAAGCGGGAUAAACGCGGUGUACGAUUACGAGAUACAGAGACGGGGAUGGAGAGCGAAUACGACGAUCUCGUCCUGUGUGUUCCAGCCGAUGAAGCGAAAUCUCUUCUAGGAAAACACGCGACAUGGCGAGAACGAUGGGUGCUUGGGGGCGUGCAUUUCUACAACGACCUCACCAUCACCCAUUCCGACGCGGACUAUUUCACCUAUCUCUUUGAAACGAGAUACGGCUCCAAUCUCACCGCUAAAGCAUCGACAUCCACACGAAAAGACCAAAUAUCAUUCGCAUCACAGAACCCCCUCUCGCAAAAGGAUGGCUGGAAGGGCUUUGCGCCGAUGUAUUACAUCCAUGGGUAUCCAACCGCCCCGGAGAAGAUCGAAAUGGGCUUCGACUGCACAAACUACCAGCAUCAGUUCAGAGAAGCAUUCGGCGAAGACCGUCCACCACCCGAGAAAGAGAGACACGUGUAUCAGACCAUCUUCCUGAACGACGCAGACAGCAAGCUCUGGACAUUUAACAGCAUCGACGAGAAGAAGAUCAUUGCCCGGAAAUGGUGGCAUCAGUUUGGACAUCGAUGGCAGCAUUAUCUGCGCGUCGUGCCGGGAAUGAUGUUUAUCAAUGGGAAGAAUCGGACCUAUUACGGUGGCAGUUGGACUAUGGUGAACAUGCACGAGAUCGCCUGCAUAUCCGGCAUCGCGGCUGCAUACCGUCUCGGGGCAGAAUACGAACGCUUCGACGACUUUGCAUCUGACUUUUUCGCCAAAUACCUUCUUGUCUGUCACGGGGUGCGGUAUAAAAAAAAGUAGCUUAUUUGAUACCUGCGUAAUAAUCUAUAAUACAUAUCUGAAACUCUCAAUCUCCCGAUCCGUCUUGUUGGACAAUUCCUGUUCCAGUUCCUCGUUCUCGUUGAGAUCAGAUGGAGAGCCGUAGAGAGCGUCUCGGCGACGGUUUUCCCAGAUAUAGUAGACCAGAAGGCAGAUGAGGAAGAAGAUGCCGAAUGCCAGGCCAGACAUAGCGGCUGUUAUUCCAGUCGGAUACGAAGGCUCCUCGGAAUCAAUAAAAAACUGGGGCCCAACAAUAUUGCCCACACAAUACGCGAUGAACAACAAGGCGCUGACAGUACUCUUCUUCGUAAAUCCCGCCACGUUGGAGGUGAUGAUACUCAACGAAAGAGGAAUGUUGGUGGCAAAGACAGCACCCAGCGACAAU